AUGACACAUUCGCAGUCCCUCGGCAUAGCCUACACCUCCUGCGCCCCGGACGAUAACCAGCGCCAGUUCGAUAUAUACUCUCCCACUCACACACCUGCGACAGCGCGCCCGCUCGUGAUCUUUGUGCACGGUGGCGCAUGGCGAGCGGAAGACAAGCGAGACCACGCUCCGCUCGCCCGCAGCAUCCUCACUGCCACUGGAUGUCCAGUGGCAGUGCCCAAUUAUCGUCUUACGCCGUCGCGGAACGUCGAUCCCCAUCUCAGGCAUCCGGUCCAUGCCCAGGACGUGCUCACCUUCCUGUACUUCAUCCAAGCGUGGCGCGACCCGCAGUACUCAUUCGACCCGCGCAAACUUGUAUUGAUUGGGCACAGCUGCAGUGCACAUAUGCUGUCCUCUAUAUUCUUGGACUCGCAGACGCCCAGUCUAGCCCCGUCCAAAGACCUCCUGUGUGCAGUCAGAGGCAUUGUCUUGUCAGAAGGCAUCUUUGAUAUCGAUACCUUAGUCCAUCGCUUCCCUGACUAUCGUCGCUGGUUCGUCGACGAUGCUUUCGGUCCGGCCGAGCAUUAUCCAGAGUUCUCGACGUUGCGUUAUUCCCCCUGGCCUAAUACCCCCAUCAAAUGGCUCCUCAUUCAUUCAAAGGGCGAUAUGCUCGUCGAUGUUCCUCAAACAGUCGCAAUGUACAACCAUCUCAAGACCUUAUAUCCUGAGGGAGUUACCUUUGAUAUCGAUUCUGUAGGGAGCGACCACGAUGAUGUUCUUCGGCAAGAUGCGUACAUCCAGAUGGUCAAGGACUUGGUCGUAAAUUUUAUCUGA